ACAUUUUUGAUGGUAGCAAAUUUGAUUACGUACACUCUUAACAAGCAACACCUUGUAGAGAACUAAUUGUUAUAUUUAGUAAUUAGCGCUAAUUGUUUUCAGGCACUAGCAAGUAAUCAGGUCUUAUUUAGCCUAGGCUAAAUUUCGGGGGGGUCGUGUCGGGGUCAGGAGGGAAACUUCACUAGCCUAGCUAGAUUUGUCUCGAGUUAGAUUUUUUUUUUUAAAUAAUUUUAAAAAAUUUGGCUACCCGAGUGUUCUUUGAAAAAUAUAGCUAGUGAUUUUUAUCACACUGAAGGGAGUCAUGUCUGGUAUAGCCUUAAGUCGUCUUGCACAAGAAAGAAAGGCCUGGAGAAAAGACCAUCCUUUUGGGUUUGUUGCUGUGCCAACAAAAAACCCAGAUGGAACAAUGAACUUGAUGAAUUGGGAGUGUGCCAUCCCUGGAAAGAAGGGGACCCCAUGGGAGGGGGGCUUGUUCAAACUCCGAAUGCUUUUCAAGGAUGACUAUCCUUCUUCACCUCCCAAGUUCUGUCUAUCGAUUUUAGAGGAGGACAAAGACUGGAGGCCAGCCAUCACUAUCAAACAAAUAUUGUUAGGAAUCCAAGAGCUCCUAAAUGAACCAAAUAUCCAGGAUCCUGCACAAGCUGAGGCGUAUACAAUUUACUGCCAAAACAGAGUGGAAUAUGAAAAAAGGGUUCGAGCACAAGCCAAAAAGUUUUCUCCAUAAAGCUUCAAGACUACACAAGAUAGAAGAAAUUGGUUUGCUGAGGAUUUUGUCUCUGCCCCCUUUUUGUCUGCCUCCAACUAUGUCCAUUGCUCACCUAUUUCCUGCUGGACUGUUUUAAAACUGAAUGUGUGCCAUUUCUGUCCAUCACCCACAUACUGAUGCACCCCUUUGCUUUUUUGUUUCGGAAGUCCAGGAUUCGAAGGUGCACAAUGCCACCACAAAGUAUUUUCUGUACUCCAACUGUGGUAUUUCUUUUUUCAAGAGCUCACGCUUGUCAGAAAAGACUGUACGAAAUGGGAGUCACUUCUGUUGCUUUGUAUUAAUGUAUUCAAUGUUAGGCAAAAUAAUUCUAUGUUCUGAUAAAGAUAUAGAAAAACAGGCCUCAAUGAAUCCAUUCAAAGGUAGUUUAGUGUCUCUGCAUCAGACUCUGUUAAGUUGUUUUGGUCCAAAUAUUUAGAUUUAAAUAAAAAUGUUUGUACAAAGCAAGUGUUAAUACAUGUAGAUGGACUCAGUUCCAUCUUUCCCAAUGCAUUCUGUUGCCAGUUGAAUGCCUGUUACUCUUGAAGGUGGACUUUGGGUAAAAGUCACAGCUUUAGACUGUGUACAUGAUCAAAUCAAUCAUUCAAGGUCAUUUUAAUGCUUAAAAACAAAUUGUUGAAUAAGA